UGUUUCUGCGCUAAUCCCCACCCGAUGCAGCCAUCAGCAGCAUAUCUUCACACCCCGAUCCUCUGACAGGAAUACCGAACAAGACGAGCAUUUAAGCUGAAGCUAAUGAAAAUGGAUCGUCUUGCCGACUUCAUGAGCAGCGCUUAUCUCAGAGCGGAGGCGCGCGUGCCAGCGGAGCCCUGAAGAAGAUGGGAAUAAGACGGCAUUUGAUGUUUAAUUCAUUCACAAUCCCAAAAUGAAGCUUCUGCUCACUUUCUUCCUGCUUCAGUGCUCCGACUUCAUGGACUCGGUGAUGGGGUAUUUGACAGUCAGUAUCGAGCCUCUCCCGCCUGUGGUCAUGGGCGAUACAGUGACUUUGAAAUGCAAUUUCAGGACUGACGGCAACCUGAGAGAAAUCGUGUGGUUUCGGGUUACAGAAGGUGGGAGCUCUAAGCAGAAAAUCUUUACCUAUGACGCUAUGUAUAACACCAAUUUCUCUCACAUGGAGGACUUUCGCAGAAGGGAAGAUCUUGUUUACCAGUCGACUGUUAGGCUGCCUGAAGUACAGAUGGAAGACAACGGGCCGUACGAAUGUCAUGUGGGAAUCUAUGACAGGGUGUCCAGAGAGAGGGUGGUCUUAGCGUCUGGAAGCAUAACACUUGCUGUUAUGUCACCACCGAAAUCCAUCGCUGUAAUUGCAGCUGACCAACCAUCACGAUUCAAUCGCUAUGCGGCUCAAAACUUCACACUUCUCUGCAUAGUGACUGGUGGAAAACCCGCUCCUGUGGUGCACUUUAAGAGAGACGGUGAGUUAAUCGAAGUGCUUCCCUCAGCCCAGCCAUCAGAUGGAGCUCAGAACAGAGGCUUGCGUUCAGCCAAACGUAGCAGGCCGUUAAUUAGCCGAGAGCUUGAUGACACCAAGCACCAGAAGUCCCUUUCUCACCUGGAGCCGGACAUCAAGCCGAUGAAGUUGGACCGGGCUCGUUCUCGUCACAGCCUCACUCCAGGAGCUCUGGGCCAAAAGAGUGCCAGUCCCACUACUGAGGUCAUCCCUGAGACGGUGGUGAGCAGAGAGUUCCCACGCUGGGUUCUCAGCUCCAGCCCGCUCUACUACUUCAACCAUACACAGACUGAGCUUGUUGAUGGCACCAUGCAAAUACAGGCUAUGCUUACCUGGCACCUGAACCCUCAGAUUGACAGUGAGGCCCUGUUUAGCUGUGAGGUCAAGCACCCAGCUCUCUCCAUGCCCAUGCAGGCUGAGGUCACACUUUCUGCUCCAAAGGGACUAAAACUCUCCAUGACGCCAAGCAGAAUAAAAGUGGGAGACACUGUGCACAUUACUGUGGAGGGAUUUCAAGUGGGAACAAAGGGGAAUGAGGUAUUUCCAGAGCCGCUGUUCACAUGGACGCGUGUCGGUGGACUCCUGCUGGACGGCAGUGCUGCGCGGGAAGGCAAGGUGCUGGUUCUUGAGAGAGUGCCUGCAGAGCUGAACAGCUCCAUGUAUCGCUGCACCGCUGAGAAUCCGCUAGGCUCCACCAGCGCACACACACGCCUCAUAGUUUUCGAGAAUCCAAGAAUAAGGAAGGAGACACUGCACUUAAAUGUUGCUGACUCGAGUGGACGUGUAUCUGCACCCACACUCAUCAUACUGCUGCUGUCACUGAUCCUGGAGUUUACAUGAACAUACACAGGAGAGACGCGCACCGUUCCUCUCUUUGACAUCUUCUGUUCACUUGAAAAGACUUAACAAGGACUUUCUGAGCCAUGGUUUUGCUCCUGAACGAAAACCUGUGCAUGUCAGCUACAAUAUAUAUGGAAGUGCAAAUCACCACACGCUUGCCAUUUAGACCAUCAUACAAUGGACCUGACAUCAGUGUCACUUGCGAGGUCUGACCGGUAGAUGGCAGUAGAGACUUCUAGACACAAACAUGACAAGUUUAGUCAGUUCAACUUAUUUUUAAAGAAGUUGAUUGUACUCUUAUUAAAAGGCAGGAGUUGCUGGUCAGUGUAAUAGAUAAUGUGUGUGAAUAAGAAAGAUGCUGUGCUGUAGGGGUUACAGAGGACCUUUACAGGUUUCCCAAUAAAAUGAUUUAAAGAUUUACCUUGGCGUGUGAAGUAAAACCACUCUGC